AAAAGGCUCUGCUUCUGCCUCUGUCUCUGCCUCCGCAAAGUCUGGCCUCCAUCGAAAGUCAAGUCUGUCCUUCUGCUUCUACAUCUACGCUCCUUUGUCAAGUCCUCAACUACAACUGUUCCUGAGGCAGAGUUGGGUUGACAGUCCUGCCUUCCCUGCACCUGGUCAAGCGACAUCUACCAAUCAUAAUAAACAACAGCCUUGGACGACCCCCCAACCUCAACCUCAGCGGGCAGAAAUUCGCUUCUGACAGUAGUAGAGUCCUGAGUCCUCAAGACCUCGCCCACCACGACCAUCACCACUCUCCUCCCACAACCUGCAUCUGCACCAAACCACCAGCACACAGCAGAUUGACAGCACUUUGCCUUCUGCCAAAUCACACACACAUCCUCAUCCGCAAAACCACGCCCUGCACACACAGCGCACCGGCUGUGAAUCGCGAACAUGGACGUCAACUCGGUGCUCUUAAACACCUUCUCCCCAGGUACGCACCGCUCCCUCGCGCCCCUCGAGGCCUAUUGGGUGUAUGAGUGUAUACAUCUGCUAACACCCUCCAGAUGCGACGAUACGAAAUGCCGCUGAAGAAUCUCUCACAAAUGCCGCCCAGUCAAAUUUCGUAGGUAGCCCAUUCCAUGCUAUGCUCUCCCUGACCGCACAUCACAUCUCGCGACCUUGCGCAAGCAUCACAGCUAACUCUUUCUUCCUUUCUAGUCCGGAUACCUCGUCACACUCGUGCAAGAGCUUGCCAACGAGGAGGCUCAAGGUCCGGUUCGAGCUGCCGCUGGUAUCGCCCUCAAGAACGCCUUUACUGCUCGCGAAUUUGCUCGACUACAAGAACUGAAUGCAAAAUGGAUCCAGCUGGACCCGGAGACGAAGAAGCGCGUCAAGGAGUUGACCCUCCAGACGUUGGCUUCCAAUACCGCACAAGCUGGUCAGGCUGCAGCACAAGUCGUUGCCUCGAUUGCCGCUAUUGAACUGCCUCACGACCAAUGGCCAGAGUUGAUGCCCACCUUGGUACGAAAUGUAGGAGAAGGUGGAGAUCACCUGAAGCAGGCAUCUCUGACGACCCUUGGAUUUAUUUGCGAGAGUCCGGAUGAGCAACUGCGCAUGAGCCUCAUCCAGCACUCCAAUGCCAUCUUGACUGCUGUUGUUCAAGGUGCGCGGAAGGAGGAGCCCAACCCCGAAGUUCGUCUUGCAGCCAUCUAUGCCCUCGGGGAUUCGCUCGAGUUUGUGGAUAGUAACUUCAAGAAUGAGGGCGAGCGAAAUUAUAUUAUGCAGGUGAUCUGCGAGGCUACACAAGCUCCUGAUUCUCGGAUACAACAGGGGGCUUUUGGAUGCCUGAAUAGAAUCAUGUCUUUGUACUACGACUUGAUGAAAUUCUAUAUGGAGAAGGCUCUUUUCGGUCUCACUAUUAUGGGCAUGAAGAGCGACGAGGAGGAUGUUGCCAAGCUUGCCGUCGAGUUCUGGAGCACCGUCUGUGAGGAGGAAAUUGCAAUUGAGGAUGACAAUGCUCAGGUAUGUGAUGGCCCCCUGCGAUUGUCAAUUUUUGCUAACCAAAUCCCAAGUUUGAGAGACCUGAGCAGAUCCGACGCCACUACGAGUUUGCCAAGGCGGCAAACUCGGAAGUCGUUCCCACCUUGCUGGCACUUUUGACGAAACAAGACGAGGAUGCCGCCGACGACGAGUAUAACAUCUCCCGUGCCGCAUACCAAUGUUUGCAACUUUAUGCUCAGUGUACGGGGGCUAAAGUUGUACCACCGGUUCUGGCAUUCGUCGAGGCUAACUUGCGUGUCGAAGAUUGGCACUGCAGAGAUGCCGCUGUUUCUGCUUUUGGUGCCAUCAUGGAGGGUCCCGACGAACAGACCAUUGAGCCAAUUGUCAAGCAAGCCCUCCCAGUCAUCAUUAGCAUGAUGGAUGACAAGAAUAUUCAUGUCAAGGAUUCGACGGCGUAUGCUUUAGGUCGUAUCACCGAGGCCUGCUCCGAGGCAAUUGACCCUGAAACCCACCUUCCAAAGCUCAUCGCAUCUCUAUUCGAGGGCCUGGCUAGCAGUCCAAAGAUGGCAGGCUCAUGCUGCUGGGCAUUGAUGAACCUUGCUGAGCGUUUCUCGGGUGACAUUGGCUGCCAAGAAAAUGCACUCACACCACAUUUCAAUGAGAGCAUCUCCCGUCUUCUCCAGGUCACAGAGAGAGCCGAUGCUGACAACCAACUUCGCACUGCUGCUUACGAAGUUCUCAAUACCUUCGUUCAGAAUGCCGCCAACGAUAGCUUGGGUGCUGUAGCUUCGCUUUCAGAAGUUAUCCUUAAGCGUGUGGAAGAGACCAUCCCACUUCAGAGUCAGGUUGUCAGUGUUGAAGACAAGAUCACCCUCGAAGAAAUCCAAACCAGCUUGUGCACUGUCCUUCUUGCCAUCAUCCAACGUCUCGAAAAGGAGAUCGGCCCACAAUCCGACCGAAUCAUGGCUGUCUUGCUGAAUAUGCUUGCAACUGCUGGCCCUAAAUCAAGUGUUCCAGAUGCCAUUUUUGCAACCGUCAGUGGUUUGGCCAAUUCCCUGGAGGAUGCGUUCGCCCCCUACAUGGAAGCCUUCGCACCAUUCCUUUAUAAUGCACUCAACAAUCAAGAGGAGCCUGCUCUCUGCUCAAUGGCCAUUGGCCUUGUCAGCGAUAUUACCCGUUCAAUGGGUCCUCUGUGCCAGCCAUACUGCGAUUCAUUUAUGAAUUCGCUUCUGAACAACUUACGUGUAGGUUCUUUCCCACAAUUCCAUUCUCCCAAGCCGAAAAUAGAGUCGUUAUCCUAAUCAACCAUAUUCUUGGUCUGUAUUACUAACUAUUCUAUAGAGCACGGCUCUUGCCAAUCAAUUCAAGCCUGCGAUUCUUCAAUGUUUUGGAGAUAUUGCUGGUGCCAUUGGUGGACACUUUGAGACAUAUCUCUCCGUCGUCGCCCAAGUGCUUCAACAAGCUGCGGGUGUCCAAGCAACGCCAGAAGGAAGCUAUGAGAUGUUCGACUAUGUCAUUUCGUUGCGAGAAGGUAUCAUGGAUGCUUGGGGAGGUAUUAUCGGUGCUAUGAAGGCUGGUGAAAAGAGUAAGUCUUUCUACGCGCGUUUUUCAUGCAGGUUCUAACUUGGCUUAGCUGCUCUCUUAUCUACAUAUGUGGAAUCGAUCUUCACCCUUCUCAACGUCGUCUACCUCGACCAAAAUAAGAGUGAUGCUCUCCUGAGAUCUGCAAUGGGUGUUAUUGGGUUCGUACUUCUACACCAUACUUAAUACCGCCACUAAUAUAUAUCUAGUGAUCUUGCCGAUGCAUUUCCCAACGGAGAAUUUGCUGGAUUCUACAGAUCUGAUUGGUUGACUACCAUGGUCAGAGAGUGCAGAGCAAAUCGAGAAUACCAACCCCGCACCACUGAGACCGCACGAUGGGCCCGUGAGCAAAUCAAGCGCCAAAUCGGUGGCAUCCAAGGAGUUCAACAAACUUGAUCAUGAUUUCUUCGACCAUACGCGUCCACGAUUAUUACAUUUUAAUAUCCUCACUCUAGGGUCGGCGCAAAUACGUCUACACAUAGAGUCCAGGGGGACCAGAUUGCUUUCUUCAUUAAAUCUUUUCAUGGCCGACACAAAAGAGGGGUCUUGUCCUCGAUCGGCGGAGUUUCUGCUUUUAUUAUUUCUAAUCACCACAGUUGUCUGUCAACCAACACCCCGCCCACCAGGAGAUCGGAUUCCCGCGAAGUCGACGAGGAUCGAAUAGACUCACUGGAAGCUGCUCGGCGCAGCGAGAAAUGACACCUAUAGCACCAACAACACCCAACACCUGUAUAAAAUUCCCCAAGACCCCUUUCCGCACCGCGCCAAUACCCCGUCUAUUGCAUUACGCCCCCAUUUUCAUUUACGAAUAUUCGAUAAAGACGACCCAGGAAGAUACGACCUGGGCGCGAGAGACGAGCAAGAGGCUCAAGCCAUGUCGCCGGAAAAACUUCAUGUAAUUCUCUUGCCCUUUGGACUGAAAGCAAGCAAUUGCUCUGGAAAUAAGGGAUGAUGGGAAACCUGUUAUGUACACACGCAUUGAUCGACCGAAUUGGGUCCUUUGUGAUGGACUGGUGGCAUACGAUUUUUUGAGGAAGGAAGGGAUCAGUGGAUUCGAGACAGAUGAUGGAUGUGUGAAUUGCGGAAGUUGAUAUGUAAGGAUUAAGAAGAGGGUUUUACUUCUGGAUAUAUGUGUCAAGUGGCAUAUAGAAUUUGGUGGGGAACCCUUCUUUUUUAUUGUUGUCCUGAAUCUAUUGGAGAGUGUACGGGGGUUCUUUCCUAGUCUAGGUGGAGGAAGACAUAGGACUUGAUGCGAUGCGAUGAGACCAGAUGAAUGAAACGCAAUCCCCCUUAUAUGAUUUUCCGUAAUGCUUAUACGAGUGAGCGGUGAUUCAAAGAAGAGAUCUCUCCAAUAGAUGAAUAUAGC